UUUGUGACGCUUAGACCCCGAGCCGCAGGGGGCGCUGUCGUGUGUUUAUGCCAUGUUUGCGCUUCCACAUCCGCUCCGUCUGUCGGUGCGCACUGAUGCCGUGAGCUUUGUUUUGAAUAGGAAGCUACUCAGCCGCUGUGGAGCAGGAUGGCAGAGGGGCCAGACACCGGAGGCCCCUCACGGGCGGAGAGAAAGGCGUUUGAGAAAGCCAAGAUACUGCAGCGGGAAAGCGAGAGGAACAUCUUCAGGCUGGUUGGACGGGUCCUGAAGAAACCGGAGGCCGAGCGGACGGAGGAGGAGGCCGCCGUGUUGGCGCGCCACAGAGACACCGUGGACGAGCUCUGCAGGAGACAAGUCCGCAGAAAUGUCCUGAAGAGGAAGCAGGAGGAGGUGUUCGAUGACGCUGAAGAGCUGAGAUGUAAAGUCCGGCAACUGGCUUCAGCAAUCAAACAAGCAAAUCACUUGGUGGUUUACACUGGAGCUGGAAUCAGCACGGCAGCCUCUAUCCCAGACUACAGAGGUCCUAAUGGUGUAUGGACACAGCUACAGAAGGGACGAACCGUCAGUUCAUCUGACCUGAGUAAAGCAGAGCCAACUCUUACACACAUGUGCAUCAAGAUGCUUCAUAAGGAAAAGAUGGUGAAGCAUGUUGUGUCUCAGAACUGUGAUGGACUUCAUCUGCGUAGUGGUCUACCAAGAGAUGCCCUGUCCGAGCUCCAUGGAAACAUGUUUAUUGAGGUGUGUACGUCCUGUUCUCCUGUCAUGGAGUAUGUGCGACUGUUUGAUGUGACCGAGCGAACGUCUCUGCAUCGCCACGGGACAGGGCGGAGAUGCAGCCACUGUGGCAGUGAACUCAGGGACACCAUAGUGCACUUUGGAGAACGUGGCACUCUGGAGCAACCUCUGAACUGGAGGGGAGCUGCAGAGGCUGCUAAGAUGGCAGAUGUUAUCCUCUGCUUAGGCUCCAGUUUGAAGGUGCUGAAGAAAUAUGCUUGUCUGUGGUGCAUGAACCGACCAGUUGGCAAAAGGCCCAAACUUUAUAUUGUCAAUCUCCAGUGGACACCAAAAGAUGACCUGGCUGUAUUAAAAAUUAACGGAAACUGUGACGAUGUCAUGAGUCUCCUGAUGAAGGAGCUGAAUUUUCAGGUUCCUGUGUAUGACCGAGUGGAAGAUCCCAUCUUCAGUCUGGCGACACCGCUGCGUCCGGGAGAGGACGAGAGUCAUACUCGGGAAGUCAUAGCUCCCCUUGAUGGGCAACGGAACUGCCCAGUCAACCCUGGGGGACCAGCAGAGGAACCCACAGCUGUGCAGGGGGGCUGGUUUGGACGAGGCUAUGGCAAAGGAAGGAAGAAGAAGAAGAAAACAGUGGCAUAACAAAUACAGUUAAGAAUGUUUCAUCCAACAGUGGCCAAUCCAACAAGUGUUCCACAGUGAUGAUGCGCUAGACAUCAGAAUGAUGCUACUGUAGUGUGUGCUGUUUGUGGCUGCUUAGAUAGAAGAAUUCCCCAAAAAGUUGGUAUCUUUUCACAUGAAACAACUUUUUCUUGAUCAUUUAAUUCAGAAAGUAAUGUGUGGUGCAAUAUUUGUAUUUGAGGCAAGAAUUCAGCUCCUUUUAUUUGUCUAAGGCAAUGCAGUUUUUCAGUUGAUCUUUUUCAGGAACAGUGUUGUUUAAAAAAUGUGAAGGGGCACCAACACUUUUAUCUGAAGCUACAUAAUGUAGACACACGCACACAGCUGUGUGUGUCUUUAUGGCAGCUAAGUGUUAGCUGCAGCGGGGGCUGUCCCACCAUGACCAGCAUAGACUGCAACUAAGUCUAACCAAUGAAACAGUAGCAGUCUAAUUUUUGGGAAGCGUUCAUUUUGAGUGUUUCAUGCUUGGGCCAUGUAGACCUGAACACACAAGCCCAGCAGACAGGUCAUGGUGUCAGUGGAACACAAGUAACUUGGUGUUUGCAGGUGACAAAUGAUGUUCAACAGCAGCUGUAUACCAAAGGCCAGUUACUAAAUUUUUUUCACUAAUGGAAAGUAAAAACCUUCAGGAGGCCAAGCUAUGUCGACUUUUAUUGCUUAGGGUAAAUUAUAUUUUUGUAAUCUAUGUUCAUAUGUAUUCUUAAAUCUUCCUUUUGCCAAUGAGUAUAUUGAGGUCCACUUGUAUUUAGAAGUUUACGACUUUGGUUUACUUGACAUACGAUAUGAUAUUGUGAACGGAGGCCAUCUUUGCUCUGCUGUUACCCAUCCUCAGGUUUACAGGUUAUGUAGUACGUUUGCUACCACACCUGGGUUUACUGAAGUUGUCAACCUUGUUUACAUUUUUAUCAUUCUUUUCCUCCGGUUAUUUUUGUUACCACUUCACCUUUUGUAAUGGGGCGCCUAACCUUACAGGCUGAUCCAAGCCAGUUCUCAGGAACAUCCUGUAGUGUUAAAUCUCAUUCCACACUGCACAUGUGUGAAGGAGCAGACUGGUAAGCUGGUGUUGUACUGCCAGAACCCAAGUCAGUGCUUAAACCUAUCGUAAAGGCUUGUUAGUUGUCUUUGUAUUUAGUAAAAGGAACAUUACGUAUAUGAGUCAAUAAAGAAUCACCAUUGUGAUCUUCUGCA